AUGUUUGGCUUUCCUACAGAUUUAUUCGGUAUGCCGAAUAAUAGUAACCAUCGUACAAAUAGUAAUUCAUUAAUACAACAUCAACAAUCUUUAUUUAACAAUACAUUGAUGAUGCAACCACCAUUAUUUGGUGGUAUGAAUGGUUUGACUGGAGAUUUUGGAAUACAUUCUUCACCAUUUUCAAUAAUGAAUAGAAUGAUGCAAGGUGUCAAUCAUAUACCAGAUUCACCUGUACAUUCAUAUACGUCAACAACUGUGAUGUCAUUUAAUGGAGCUGAUGGAAGACCAAAAGUCUAUCAAGAAACAACAUCACGUAAUCGUGGACCUGGAGGUAUUGAAGAAACACGACAAGCUGUUCGAGAUACAGAACGUGGAAUAAAUAAGGUACAAAUUGGUCAUCGAAUUGGUGAUCGUAAACAUGUUAUUGAACGGGAAAUGAAUGUUGAAACAGGUCAAAUAUCGGAAAAUGUUGAACUUGAAAAUCUUGAUGAAAAUGAAACAGAUGGUUUUAAACAAGAAUGGCGUCAACGUUCAACACAUGCAGGUAUUCCUCGUCAUCCGCAUCAUCCUUAUUUUAAUCAUCAUCAUCAAAUUACGUCAAAUCGUCUACAUCAUCCUUCCUCAGGAUCUCAACCAGCACAAUUAGCAAUUGAACAAGGUGUUCCCGCGGAAGCAUCGAAUCGAUCAUACCAAAAAUCAUCCGCAUCUUAUCGACCAGAAUAUCAUCAUUCAGAUACAAUUGAUUUAACUGAAGAUACACCAGUUGAAGAUGAUAUUCAAGAAAUACAAGAAUUACCUGCAGCUCAGUCUUCAUCAGUUAAACGUAAAGCUUCAUCGUCAUCAUCAUCAUCAUCCUCACUAUCAAAUGAUGUUAAUAAUCAACGUAAACAUCGACAAAAUCGUUUUUAA